AUGGCAGAAAAACCAAUGAACAUGUUGACACAAACAAAUAACAAUGACGAUACACAAAACGAGAACAUCCGCUGCUUAACCACUCUUGGACAUUUUGGGUUUGAAUGUUUGCCCACUCAGCUGGUGAGCAAAUCUAUUCAGAAAGGAUUCUCUUUCAAUAUUCUCUGCGUGGGAGAAACUGGAAUUGGAAAAUCAACACUUAUCAAUACACUGUUCAAUACCAAUAUGAAAGAGAACAAGACCUCCCAUUUCUAUUCAAAGGUUGGACUUAAAGUGAAGACAUAUGAACUCCUAGAAAGAAAUAUUCCCCUGAAAUUGACUGUUGUGAAAACAGUGGGGUAUGGCGAUCAAAUCAACAAGGAUGCCAGCUACCAGCCACUAGUCGAGUACCUGGAUGCCCAGUUUGAAGCGUACCUCCAGGAGGAGCUGAAAAUCAAGCGCUCCUUGGCCGACUAUCACGAUUCUCGAAUCCACGUCUGUCUUUAUUUCAUUGCUCCAACGGGACAUUCUCUCAAGGCCUUGGACCUGUUAACCAUGAAGAGCAUCGACAAAAGGGUGAACAUCAUCCCACUGAUUGCCAAAGCCGACUCACUUUCCAAAAGCGACCUGCAGAGGUUCAAGAGUAACAUCAUGAGUGAACUGGUCAGCAGCGGCGUCCAGCUGUAUCAGUUCUCGAUCGAUGACGAAGCCACUGCUCAAGUCAGCAGCUCAGGGGUGUUACCUUUCGCUGUGGUAGGAAGCAUGGAGGAGGUGAAAGUUGGAAAAAGGACGGUCAAGGGUCGUCAUUACCCUUGGGGAGUUUUGCAAGUGGAAAACGAAACUCACUGUGACUUUGCGAAGCUCCGGGAUUUGCUUCUGUGUACUAAUAUGGAAGAUCUGAAAGAUCUAACCCACACUCAGCACUAUGAAUGUUACAGGAGCAACAGGCUGCAGAAACUGGGCUUCAGUGAUAUGGGCCCAGACAAUCAGCCAGUGAGUUUUCAAGAGAUGUAUGAAGCCAAAAGACAGGAGUUCCAUGACCAGUGUCAGAGGGAGGAGCAAGAACUGAAGCAGACUUUCAUACUACGAGUCAAGGAGAAGGAGCUGACCUUUAAGGAUGCGGAAAAGGAGCUGCAGGACAAGUUCGAGCACCUGAAGAGAAUCCAGCAAGAGGAGAUCCUGAAACUGGAGGAAGAGAGAAGGAAACUGGAGGAGCAGAUCAUCGAGUUUUAUAAAACGAAGGCUGCUUCUGACACGAUGCAGGCUCAGGUGUGCAGCAACCUAAAGAAGGACAAAGAGCGUAAGAAAUGA